CAUACACAGUCAGUCCCCGACAGAUGGAAGGUUCUGUGUCCAAGACGCGCCCAAGGAGAGGAGGAGGGGUUUGGGGCUGCUGUGGAUUAGAUUGGUCUAAUAAAAGAGUUGGAUCAUUGAAAGGCAGAUUAGGGGCCUGUGGAGGAGACUGUUUUUCGAACAAACAUGCUUGGGAUUUGAAAUGGAUCGACAAUAUGUGUAGCAUUAUGCAAACAUGAGGCUACACGGCCAGUGAAAUGCUAAGCAAACAACUUAUGUGACUGGAAAUGAGCUAGAGAGAUGUGUUCAGUCACAGUAAAUUGGUCUUCAAUGGCUACAUGUCAGGCAUCUUUGAAUAAGCAUCUGUUUGUUACCUCCAAGUACACUCUCACACCCAUGCACACAUCGCCGUAAUAAAGAUGACCCACCGAGCUCGGAAUCAGAGAAGUCGUGUAACUGUAUCCUGAGUGUACACUGGAAAGCCGAUCCCCCUCUCAGGCCACUACCACGGGUGCUGGGGGAGGGCUCUGGUUACCCAGCUUUGUGUCAAAGCGCCAUCAGCAAAGAGUUAGAAACUGGGGAGGAGGACAAAAGCAGGAGCACUAUAGAACGGGUGGAUUACUGGGCCUCCAUAAAGGGUCUCUAGUGUAAGAAUACGUCCAAUAUAGCGAGACAGGAGAAAGGACGUAGAAAAAGAAAGAUAAGAGGAUAGGACAACAGGUGAAAGGGAGGUAGAAAAGGUGUUGAAGUAUACCUGAAAAGCUGCACUGUACUUCAGGUGGCGUUUGUUGACCUGGCACAAGCUGGCCUGGCAAAUAGUGGGCACCUUGCACAGUGAAAUGCUGCAAUUUCUCGAAGUCUCGGAGGAGAACGAUUUGUCUGUUUAAGGGACGCACAAGUUCUGAGGAUGUGACUCAAGUAAAGUGACUUAGAAGAGGACAAGGAGGUGACAAACUAAUGAGAUGUAAACCCGAUGGAUUGAGACAAGUAAAGCAUCGAGAAGUAGAAGUAAAACAGUGCGACUCAGUCUGGAGCAUCUCUUUAAGAGAUCAGCAGUCCCAAAGGCAGCCACUGGAGAGGACAGAAAAACGCAGGUAAAUUGAGAAGGAAAGGGAAUGAGACGGGGAAGAGAGUGAAAGAGGCACAGAGGAAAAGGAACCGUUGGGAUCAGGGUGACGUCAGCGGCUCUCUGGAUUGAAGUGUUGAGUCCUCCUGAUUAUAAUCUGAUCUGAUUAGGAAACACAGGGGAAAAAAUCUCCAGAGCCUCUGCAAGCUCUCCGGGGAGCAAGACGCCGUUUUUAUUGAGCGGAGAGGCCAAGGACCAAGAACAAAACCAAAAGAGGAAUUUAGGAGCAGUCUACUAAAGAAAGUUAAGGCCUGUAUCUGAAAAGAGUUCGCUACACUAAGUGGACUUCACUUUACUCUUCUCCAAUAGGAAGCAAAUUAAUCAGGACAAGUAGGGGAGCUAACAUUGUAAGUCUGCAGGCUCUUCAGCUUCUUCUCUGGACUUUCAAUACUCUCUGGCUUCCAUCUGGGUUAUAAGCCAGGAUGCCCUCCAAUGGCAGUAAAGCCCUCAAGCUACAAUUCGGGCUUAUUAAUUAUGAGAAUCGCUAUCUAACAGCGGAGGCCUUUGGCUUCAAGGUGAACGCUUCAGCUCCGAGUCUAAAGAAGAAGCAGAUCUGGACUCUGGAGCAGGAUGAGCAGGACGGUCAGGUGGUCUACCUGCGCAGUCACCUGGGGCGCUACCUGGCUUCCGACAAAGAUGGCAAGGUAAGCUGUGAAGCUGAAACCAAAGAGAACGACUGCCGCUUUCUGAUUGUAGCACAGUCAGACGGGCGCUGGGCCCUGCAGUCCGAGCCAUAUCUGCGCUUCUUCGGAGGUUCAGAGGACUAUUUAUCCUGCUUUGCUCAGACCAUUGGCGAGGCAGAACUAUGGGCCAUGCACCUGGCCCUGCACCCACAGGCCAAUCUACUCAGUGUGUCCCGCAAACGCUACGCCCAUCUAGCAUCUCCAGAGGGAGAGAUUGCUGUGGACAGUAACAUCCCUUGGGGUGUGGAUGCUCUUCUAACUCUUGUGUACAUGGAUGGCAAAUAUUGUCUUAAGACCAGUGACAGCCGCUUUCUGAGCAAUGAUGGGAAACUAUCCUCUGAAAAUGGCCGUGGGACAGGCUACACUUUGGAACUGAAAUCAGGCAAGUUGGCCUUCAAGGACUGUGAGGGGAAGUACUUGACCCCCAUGGGGCCCACUGGAACUCUGCGCUCUGGACGCUGCUCCAAACCCGGCAAAGACGAGCUGUUUGAUCUUGAGGAAAGCCAUCCGCAAGUGGUGUUUCAGGCUGCCAAUAACAGAUUUGUUUCCAUCCGACAAGGAGUGAGUGUCUCAGCCAAUCAGGAUGAUGAGACAGACAUGGAGACAUUUCAAAUGGAAAUUGAUAAAGACACAAGAAAGUGCAAAUUCAGAACUAAUGAAGGGAAUUACUGGACGCUUGUCACUCAUGGAGGCAUCCAGUCAACAGCCACAGAAGUCGGUGCCAACACCAUGUUUGACAUAGUGUGGCUCGGUCGACGGGUGGCACUGCGAGCCAGCAAUGGAAAAUACGUAUGCACCAAGAAAAAUGGCCAGCUUGCUGCUGUCAGUGACUCUGUGGGUGAGUUCAUACUGAUACUACCCACAAACAAAAUCAAAACAUCUAAAUCAAAUCUAAUGUUAUUUGAGAAAUGUACAAGAAUACAGUAUGUCGCCCUGUUUUUUCCUUCAGGUGAGGACGAGCAGUUGAUUUUGAAGCUGAUCAAUAGGCCCAUUCUGAUCCUGAGGGGAGAGAAUGGUUAUGUUUGCCACCACAAGAACUCUAAUACGCUGGAUGCCAAUCGUUCAGUUUAUGACAUAUUUACACUGCAGUUCAAUGACGGCACAUACCACAUUAAAGGUGCUGGUGGAAAAUUCUGGUACGUGUCCAACAGUGGCUUGGUGUGCACUGAUGGAGACACACCUGAAGAUUUCUGCUUUGAGUUCUUAGAGCAUGGACGGAUAGCUAUAAGGGGCAAAAAUGGCAAAUAUCUGCGUGGAGACCAAGGAGGCAAUCUCAAAGGCGAUGGAGAGAAUGCAGACAGCUCGUCCCUCUGGGAAUACUGACACCAUGUGGACAUUUAAGGAACUGUCACUCACCUGUGUUAAACUCUUGGAUUUACAGAUGUGAGAAAACAAAUUGGUACAAUUAAGGUUUAAUAUUUGGACAGCUGUUUUCCCAUCAGUCAGCAUUUUAUGUAGAGUCAGUAUUCAGCAUUACGCAUGUAUUAUUUACCAUUUCUGGUUUAUAGUCCUAUACAAAAUGAGCCUGUAUAAACAGAAUACAAACAUGACAAGAACCUUUAUCAUACCAGCUCACUUUUGAGGUAAUGAUCUAACAUAAAACUUGCAAAGCAUGCUAUUACUGUGUGAAUCACUUUUAACAUCUCUGUUCAUUUUCAAAUUGACAAAUUAUAAUUUAUUACUGUUGUUUUUGUUUAUUACUUCUUUUUUUUUACUUUAAUGACCCAUUAUUGUCUUGUCUUUCAUGCUAUUAUUUAUUAUCAUGUCAAUGUUUGUCAGUUCCAGUGAAGCUUGUUUUAUUCUCUGGGGUUACAGACUGCUGUGUUUGUAAUACAUGGACAAACGUGGCAUUUAAAUAUAUUUAGGCCUGGUAAAUUAACUCUUCUUGUUGUGUCUUUAAGCUAACUAGCAACUGACAGGGAAGCCAAGCAACCAAGAAUAGAACAGGAUACACACUAAUUACUCUGUCUCACCAAAAUGAAAGGUACCAGGAUUAAAUUAAUUUUAUUCCCUAUUGUGAUUUAUUUGCUUUCACUUUCUUAAG